CCUGGGGGAGGCGCAGCCCCUGCAGCAGCUUACCGCCCCGUCCACGCCCCCGGGGUUGGCUUGGGAGCCCUCCGCGCCAGAUCCACCAGUGUGAGCCCUCCCCCUGGGAGCUUCGGGGAGGAGGGGAGGGUUUAUUUGGCGCCGGCGCCGGCAGCCAGGGUGCUGUGUGUGAGGGGAGGCGGCGGUGCCCCAGCCUUUGGGGGAGCAGGAGCGCGUCUGCUCGGCCCGCCGGCCUGCCGCUGCUCCAGACACCCUGUGCGCACAUGCACCGCUGGCAGCCAGGCGCCUCCUGGGGCCGUGUCCCCGCACGGGGGCCCUGAACACCGGCUGCGCUGCCGCCCCCAUGAGCACACGGGGGUGUCCCCACUUGCAGCGCUGAGCCACCGCCGAGGUCCGGAGCUGCGGGCCGGCCACCAUGCACUGGGCCUGGGCUGCCUCGGCCCUCCUCUGGGUGCAGCUUGUGCUCCUCGGGGGCAUCGGGGCGCGGCGGGAGCCCAAGAGGCCACGGCAGCCCGGCCAGCACACCGAGCACCCUACCGCCACCGCGUCCAACAGCGAGGGGCUGCCAGGCUCCCCCAAGCCGCCUGAGGCCUUGGGGCCUGAGUUCUCAGAUGCCCACAUGACAUGGCUGAACUUUGUCCGGCGGCCAGAUGACGGGGCCUCGAAGAAACGGUGUCGGGGUCGGGACAAGAAGUUGCGAGGCCUCUCUGGCCCCCCGGGCCCCCCUGGGCCCCCUGGGCCCCCAGGCCCCCCCGGUGCAGCAGUCAACCAGGAGACCCUGUUGCAAGAGUUUCAGGAGAUGCUGAAAGAGGCCACUGAGCGCCGGUUCUUGGGGCUGCUGGGCCCCUUGUUGCCUGAAGGGACAGGCGGGCAGCUGGUGGCUGAGGCCUUCCACUGUGGACUGAAGGGACCCGUGGUUGUGGACGAGGAGACACUGGUGGAGCUACAAGGCUUCCAGGCUCCCACCGCCCAGGGCGCCUUCCUGCGGGGCUCUGGCCUGAGCCUGGCCUCGGGUCGGUUCACAGCCCCACUGACCGCCAUCUUCCAGUUCUCUGCCAGCCUGCACGUGGACCACAGGGAGCUGCAGGGGAGGGCACGGCGGCGGGCUCGGGACACAGUACGGGCGCUUGUCUGCAUUGAGUCCCUGUGUCACGGACACAUGUCCCUGGAGGCCAUCUCGGGCCUGGAGAGCCGCGGCAGGCUCUUCACUGUGCAAGUUCAGGGCCUGCUGCACUUGCAGGCUGGACAGUACGCCUCGGUCUUUGUGGACAACGGGUCCGGAACCACCCUCACCAUCCAGAGUGGCUCCAGCUUCUCCGGCCUGCUCCUGGGCACGUGAGGGCCAGAGGGGGGCGAGGAGCAGCUGCUGGCCCUCCUGCCCCCACUGUCCUCUGCAAAACGUGUGGUCGCAGCAAUAAAGAGCUCUCAGCCCUC